GUGACUGCUGUCGGAUCACUUUUGUCGUCCUUGCUUUAUUGUCCCCAUGCCUCCUUCCCUGGAACGGAUUUCUGUCCAAGAAAAUGGGGAAGACAAAGAUGGUCUGUUUGAUCCCGCUGACCCGCGCACCUGGCCGAGCAAAUGGAAAUGGAUCAAUAUUCUGCUCAUCUCGAUGCAAGGCACGCUCUCCCCGAUUGCGUCCACGAUUCUAGUGAUGGGAACCACACAACUCAUGUCAGAUUUCUCGCUAACCAACACAUACGUCGCGGCUCUACCUAUCGGUCUUUACGUGCUUGGUCUCGGCAUCGGACCGCUCUUCGUGGCACCCUGCUCGGAAGUCUACGGCCGUCGAGUGGCGUAUGUAGUGAGUUUCUGCCUUUUCACCGUCCUCAAUGUCGGGUGUGCCUUAUCGCCCAAUGUCGGGGCCUUGAUCGUCCUCCGUCUAUUGUCCGGUAUGGCUGGGUCGGCCGGUCCCAGCCUCGGGGGCAGUAGUGUCGGGGACAUGUUCCGGCCGGAGGAACGAGGAAAAGCACAGGCCGUGUACUCGUUGGGACCAACCUUUGGACCGGUUCUGGGUGGGGUGAUAGGGGGGUUCAUCGUGCACGGCACCGGGGGCUGGCGAUGGCUGCUGUGGGUGAUGGCCAUUGCUUCAGGGGUUACGAGCGUGGCGGCCAUCCUCGUGCAGCGCGAAACCUACCAGCCUUUUUUGCUGCGGCAGAAACAGAGAUGUGAGGGCGCCGUCGCCCAGCCUCGAGCCCAUAUCGAGCUUUUGAAGGUCUUGCGUGUCGCUUUGACUCGGCCUGUUCGCCUGCUUUUCACCUCGCCAAUCUGCACGUUCAUGAGUCUUUACCUUUCCCUAAUCUAUGGCAUCCUCUACCUCCACCUCAUCACCAUCCCCCUCCUCUACGGCCCCACCUCCAUCCCCCCGCUCUUCUCCUACCGCUGGACCGGCGGCACAACUGGGCUCGCCUUCCUCGGCGCAGGGAUCGGCUCCCUUUUCGGCACCGCCGUCUGCGCGCGCUUUCUGAACCGCUCCUACGCCCGCGCUGCGCGCCACCACGCCGUCAAAUCCGGCCAACAUGAUACGACCGCCCCGAUCCGGAUGCCCGAGUUCCGGCUGCCGUUCCUCCAAGCUGGGAUGUUGAUCGUCCCCGCGGGUCUAAUUAUCUUUGGGUGGAGCGCGGAGGAACAGACGCACUGGGUGGUGCCUCUGGUCGGGGCCUGCGUGCUGGGGAUGGGGAUGCUGAUGGGCUACGUCGCCAUCCACGCCUACCUGGUCGACGCGUUCGAACAGUAUGCGGCCAGCGCGCUGGCGGCGGCGGUGAUCACCCGGUGCGUGCUGACAUGUGUCUUGACGGUGGUCGGGUCGGAGUUGUAUCGGCGGUUGGGAUAUGCCUGGUGA